AUGUCAAAUCGAAGUGUCGUUCAUUAUUAUGAAGAUGGUGAUUUAUUGGUGAACGUAAAUGAUACCACAUUUCGUCUUCAUCGAAGUUUUUUGGCAAUGGCUUCAAGGGUAUUUGAAGACAUGUUUUCUUGUUCAGUUCCCUCCGAAAACAAAGAUAACCUCUCUUGCAUCACCUUAACUAAUACCUCCUCCACGGUUUUCGAAAACCUUUUAACUUUUAUUUAUCCAAGAAAAUACGUCCGAAUCUCUUGGGAAAAUAUUGAAUCAUUAUUGGAAAUUAGUGAUAAAUAUGAAAUCAGCAUGGUGAUUGAAGCGUCUGAAGAAUUCUUGGAAAUGCAUUUUGCCGAGAACCCGCUACUUGCUUUUAAUUUGGCCGAUCAAUACGGGUUUAAAUAUGUUUAUAAAGAAUCUUCCAAACUUGUCUUAAAUAAUUUGGUGGAAUUUAACUCUUUACAAGAAUUUCAAAAAUUAUCUCAUAAAGCCGCUGCUUCGUUGUUAUCAAAACAUCUUGAAUAUAUCUUGGCCAUAGGAAAUUUAACGGGAUUGGAUGUGGAAAAAGAUUAUUAUCAUGGUUGUUCCCAUUCCAUCACUCACGGUUACGUCAUACAUAAUAAUUUUGUUGAUAAAAAAAGAUCCGUACAAUGUUUUCCCGUAAUCUCCCCUUCUAAAUUAUAUGAUAUUUUAUUCAAGUUUGAUGAAUGUGAUAAAAAAUUUGUGGAUUGUCAAAGAUCAUUUUUGAAAAAUUUUUUUCCUAGAAUUUUUCUCUCUCAUUUUGGUGCAUUUGAACCUUUGGAAACCGAAAAGGGUAAAUCUAAUGUAGAAAGAUACCUAUUCCUUGAAUUAAAGUGA